AUGUGCCCCACACUGAGCCCCCUGUGCCCCGUGUCACCGCUGGGGACAGGGACAGCCCCGUGUCACCGCUCCCACACUGAGCCCACUGUCCCCACAGGGCCCAGGCUGCGGGUGCCGGUGGACGAGGACACGCCGGGGGACGCGGCGCUGAAAGGGCUGGGCCUUGGCAACCCCUGCUUCAAGGACACCGACCCCGAGAUGGGCAAGGGUGACAAGGACAAGGGUGGCAAGGACAAGGGUGACAAGGACAAGGGUGGCAAGGACAAGGACAAGAAGAAGGACAAGAAGAACAAGAACAGGGGCAAGAACAAGGACAAAGACAAGGACACGGACACAGACACGGACACAGAUAUGGACAUGGACAUGGGCAGGGACACAGGCAGGGACACAGAUGUGGACAAGGACAAGGACACGGACAUGGGCAGGGAUACGGACACGGACAAGGACACAGACACAGGCAAGGACAUGGACAAGGACACGGGCAAGGACACGGGCAAGGACACGGACACAGGCAAGGACACAGGCAAGGACACGGGCAAGGACACGGGCAAGGACACGGACAUGGACAUGGGCACAAACAUGGACAUGGACAUGGGCACAACCAUGGACAUGGACAUGGGCACAACCACGGACACGGUGUCCGGAGAGGACUGACCCCCCACCCCGAUCCCCACUCCCCACUUGUGCCACUCCCCCCUUUCUAUUUAAACUGGUUUUGUCACAU